UUGCUGGACGUCACCAAAACCUACGUCCAAACGCUCUCUCUCUCUCUCUCUCAAACCCUAAAAACCCUAACUCGUACGGUCUUUUUCUAUCCAAAACCCAAAAGCCCUAACUGGUACGGCCUCCCCGCCGUUUCAUUUUACCUGGUUUAUCGAAUAACAUUCAUCAAUCAAACCCUUGCACUGCAUGAUGGCUACCUCUGUGGAAAAUCCUGGGGAGCAUGACGCCACUGGUUUGGUAGAUAAUUCACACACUCAACAAAAACGUGGGCGUGGUGAUGAUUCAGAAGAAAAGAGGUGGCCUGGAUGGCCUGGGGAGAGUGUUUUCCGGUUAUUGGUGCCUGCUCAAAAGGUCGGUGGCAUCAUUGGUCGCAAGGGGGAGUUCAUUAAAAGAAUAUGUGAGGAAUCUAGAGCUCGCAUUAAGAUUCUUGAUGGUCCUCCAGGCAUACCAGAAAGAGCUGUAAUCAUUUCAGCAAAAGAAGAGCCAGAUGCUUCGACCCCUCCUGCCGUUGAUGGUCUUUUGAAGAUCCAUAGACGUGCUAUUGAUGGUUUAGAUAAUGAGUCUGGUCAUGCUCCUACAAAUGCUGGUGCUGCAGUUUCGACACGGCUGCUAGUGGCUGCUGCACAAGCGGGAAGCCUUAUUGGAAGGCAGGGGGCAACUGUAAAAUCUAUCCAAGAAGCUUCGAGUGUUGUUGUUCGUGUUCUUGGAGCAGAGGAACUGCCUGCAUUUGCCCUGAAGGAUGAUAGAAUUGUUGAGAUACAAGGUGAACCAGCAGGUGUGCAUAAAGCGGUUGAACUAGUUGCAUCUCAUUUGAGGAAGUUUUUGGUUGAUCGCAGUGUCAUUCCGCUAUUCGAAAUGAAUAUGUCAAUGCAGAAUUCACAGGUUGAUAACAUGCCCCACCAUUCUUGGGGACAUCCUCAAGGUCUACCAAAUGCUGGUGGUUCUGGUUUUGGUGGAAAUUCUCAAUUCAUGCCUCCAAGGCAACAUGAUGGUUAUUAUCCACCACCUGACCUUCCUCCUUUCAACAGACAGCCUCAUCAACCUCUAUAUGGAAGAGAUGCGCCCAUGGGUGUUCACUCUUCGAUGAAUGUACAACCACCUCCACCAAUCAUCAAACAGAUGACACAACAGAUGCAGAUUCCACUGUCAUAUGCUGAUGCUGUAAUUGGAAGUUCGGGUGCGAAUAUUAGCUAUAUUCGUCGUGCUAGUGGGGCAACCGUUACAAUACAAGAGUCAAGGGGCAUGCUUGGGGAAAUGUCAGUUGAAAUUAAUGGAACCGCUACAGAAGUCCAAACUGCUCAACAGUUGAUACAGAAUUCCAUGGCUGAAGCUGCAGGACGAACACACAACCCACCCGGCCCUGUCGACCCGGGAUAUAAUUCUUUUCAGGCUCGUGGGCCCAUGUACGCAUCUCCACCGUCCAAUGCUGGACCUGGAGGCCACACCGGCGGAGGCUACAGUUCGGCCUAUGGCACCAACUAUGGGUAUUAGGAAUCAUAGGUAGAAGGAAAGGAGAAUGGAGGCAACGGUUCUUUUAAUGCAGAGAGACCCACCCUCUUAAUGACCAAAAAAAAAAUGAUGUUUUUGCUGAGGCAGUUGUGUUGCUGUACCGGGAACGUCGAAUUUUGGGUGUCUGUUUUCAGUCAAGGCUCUGUUGCUUCUUGUACAUUAGGCCAACAUCAUAGCUUACUAAGCUGCUGCUGCUGCUGCUUUUUUUUAUUAUCAUUAUUAUCCUUGUAGCUGAUCUACACAGUUGUCUUCUAAUUACUCUUGAUGGUGGUUCUAGGGUACCGGUUCCUUUCCACUGAUUUUUGUUUUUCUGUUUUUAAUGGCGGUUAUAUGCAUGUAUACGAGAUUGUAUAAGGUGGGGCAUACAUAUUACUUUCAUUAGACCAUUAAAAAAAUAUGGGUCCCAUUUUGGUAGGUCA